AUGUCGUCCAUCUCGAGCUCUAAGUCAUCAGAAAGUCUCCGGAAGUUUGAAAAGAGGAAACGAGUUUUCACCCUAUCGCGGAGGUCUUCCAGAAAAGCCGUUGACAUGCCGGACAACGUUAUCGAGAUCCCGGAGCCGCCCCGGAUUCCCGUAUUAGGACACGUGACAGAGAUCGACCAGGACUACCCUCUAGGUUCCUUCGUGCAUCUGGCAAACAAAUAUGGUUCUAUCUACAGGCUUGAUAUUCUUGGUCAAAAGCUGGUGUUUGUCAACAACCAUGAACUGGUCAACGAGUGCUGCGAUGACAACAGGUUCAAAAAGUCAAUAGAAGGGGAACUCACCGAGCUACGCGAGGCAGUGCACGAUGGUCUAUUCACAUCCAAAGGCGUCGAGGAAGAGAAUUGGGGUGUUGCUCACAGAGUGUUGAUGUCUGCUUUUGGCCCACUUGCCAUCAGGGGCAUGUUUGAUGACAUGCACGACCUCGCCGCCCAACUUGCCCUCAAGUGGGCGCGUCACGGAUCUUCCACCCCCAUUCAUAUUGGCGAAGACAUGACGAGGCUCACCAUGGACACAGUCGCUCUUUGCUCAAUGGGAUACAGAUUCAACUCCUACUACCGCGAGGACACGCACCCCUUCAUCACAGCAAUGUACGCCGUCAUGAAAGAAGCCGGCGACAAGUCAUUGCGCGUGCUGCCUCAUGUCUUUUACAAGAAGGAAGAUCGCAAAAACAAGGCGAAUAUCAGCUACCUCAGAUCCAUCGCGAGGGAGGUUCUCGAGGCUAGGAAAAAAGAACCGGAAGGCGCCAACAGCCGAAAGGACUUGUUGACGGCGAUGAUCAAUACCGUUGACCCUGUUACGGGGCGUAAGAUGACGGAUGAGAGUAUUAUUGACAACUUGAUCACUUUCCUUGUGGCUGGCCACGAGACGACUGCUGCUACCUUCACCUUCACCAUGUACUGGUUGCUGAAGCGGCCUGAAGUAUACCGGAAAGUACAAGAAGAGGUUGAUAACACGGCGAGUGACGGGCCUCUCAAGGUGGAACAUGUCGCCAAGUUGAAGUACUUGACUGCGGUCAUAAGAGAAGUUCUCCGGCAUAGCGCUCCCAUCUUUGGCUUCGGCAGAGAGGCCAUCAAGGAUGAGAUCAUUGGUGGCAAGUACCGUGUCAAGCCAGGAGAGCAGAUCCUCUGUUUCUUGACCAAGUCCCAUCUUGAUCCCAAGGUGUUCGGAGACGACGCAGAAGAGUUCCGGCCCGAGAGGAUGCUGGACGAAAACUUCAAUCGUCUCAUGAAGGAGUUCCCCAACUGCUGGAGCCCCUUCGGCACCGGCAUGCGUGGGUGUAUCGGUAGGGCAUUUGCCUGGCAAGAGAUGGUACUCGCCCUCGCUCUGCUGAUGCAGAACUUCAACUUCGUUAUGCACGACCCCAACUACGACUUGAAAGUCUCGCAAACGCUCACAAUCAAGCCCAAAGACUUUUAUAUCCGGGCCAUUCUGAGAGAGGGGUUGACGCCGUCGAUGCUCGAAGCUCGGAUGGCCGGGUCUCUGACCGGGGGGGUGCCUGCCCAGCCGAAGCCCAAAGCUCACGAAGCUACCAAUGGGACAGGAGCCGGAAACGGCUCUGCCAAGAAGGCGAAUCUGGCAAUAUUUUAUGGUUCGAACUCUGGCACCUGCGAGUUCAUGGCUCAGAGACUUGCUAGCGACGCUGCGUCGCAUGGCUUCACCGCGACAGUUGACUCACUCGACGCCGCGCGCGAGUCUCUCCCGACAGAUCGCCCCGUCGUCAUUGUAACGUCUUCUUACGAUGGGCAACCGCCUCAUAACGCUGCGCUCUUUGUCGAUUGGAUGGCGAACCUCAAGGGCAAGGAACUUGAGAACGUGUCAUAUGCUGUUUACGGCUGCGGCCAUGCUGAUUGGGUAAAAACGCAUCAACGAGUCCCUAAGCUCGUUGACUCUACGCUCGAGGCACGUGGAGCCCGUCGAAUCACUCCGCUUGCCACGACGGAUGCCAAGGACCGAGACAUGUUUUCCGACUUUGAGGGCUGGGAGGAUGAGACUUUGUGGCCCGCUCUCAUCAAGGCGUUUGGAGGACAGUCCGAAGGAGACGACAGCAGCAUCGCCGAGGCCGGUCUGUCAGUGUCUUUCUCCACCCCUAGGACUUCUACCCUCCGACAGGACGUGAGAGACGCGCUCGUGUUGGAAGCUCGCACUCUUGCCCACGGUUACCUGGGGCCGGUCAAGAGACACAUUGAAGUGCAGCUUCCCACGAACAUGCGAUACACCGCUGGCGACUACAUGGCCGUGCUCCCUCACAACCCCAAAGACAGGGUCGCUAGAGUGAUGCGCCGCUUCCACCUUUCCUGGGACUCGCAUAUUACCAUCCAGGCUUCAGGGCCUACGACGUUGCCGACCAACGUCAGUAGUCCUGUCUCUGAUGUUCUGAGCUCUUACGUUGAGCUGUGUCAGACAGCUUCAAAAAGGAAUAUCUCGACUCUAUCACAACUUGCCAAGGAGAGAGAAGUGAGCCGCAUGCUUCAGUUCCUGGCCACUGACGGCUACGAAACCAAUAUCAAGGCAAAGCGGCUCUCGGUUCUCGAUAUUGCUGAACAGUUCCCUUCCCUGACCAUCCCUUUCAACCUUUUCCUUCUCAUGCUCCCUCCUAUGCGAGUCCGUCAAUAUUCGAUUUCAUCAUCACCUCUGGUAGAACCUGGUGUCGCUACCAUUACAUACGGUGUUCUCGAUGAACCCGCCUUGUCAGGACAGGGCCGGUAUGUCGGCGUCACUUCCUCUUACCUUUCUACCUUGACUGCUGGCGACCGUCUACAAGUCGCCAUCCGUUCUUCGCAGGGCGGCUUCAAGCUCCCGGUGGACAUGGAUAAAACCCCUCUUCUGUGCGUAGCGGCCGGGACUGGCCUGGCACCGUUCCGCGCUUUCGUCCAAGAACGUGCGACCCUCCUCAGCAACGGCCGCUCCCUCGCACCGGCCAUCCUGUUCUUUGGGUGCCGCGAUCCCACUGCUGAUGAUCUUUACCGCGAGGAGUUUGACAAGUGGGAGGCCGCCGGCGCCGUGAAGAUGUACCGAGCGUACAGCCGCAAGCCCGAAGCGUCCAACGGAUCCAAGUAUGUACAAGAACGCAUUUGGCAGGAGCGCGAGAUGCUGUACGGCCUGUGGGAUCAAGGGGCGAGGGUCUAUGUGUGUGGCUCCAACAAGGUGGCUGAAGGUGUGAAGGAUGUUCUGCUCAAUGCCGCUAGGGAGAAGAGUGAACUGGACGAUGGAAAGGCGAUGAACGAUGAAGAGUUGGAGGAGUGGUUCAGUAGCAUUCGCAACGAGCGUUAUGCGACUGAUGUAUUUGACUGA